AUUUUUUGCGGGUUGACAGCUCAUGGUGUUCCUCCGAGAUUCUUGGAGCGCAGGUGGCUCAGUGGCUGCGUCUCUGGAGGAGCGACCUCUCCGCUGAUCUUUCAACGAAGAGCAGCUAGGUCUAAGGUACUAAGGUAGGCUAAGAGACGCUCGAGGACCAGAAGGACGUGUUGCGGUGUUGCUUUGUAAGUUGUCUUAGGUAUCCUCCGGUCAAUAGUGUCGUAAGUUUGUAAGCCAGCUCAAGCGGCGCGUUGUGUAGCCACCCAUGGCAAUGUGAGGUCUAUUCUUCACAGGGAGUUGGUGGGUUGGUGGAGUGCGUUGUACAUCAACACUGUAGCAGAGCAGGCGGGGAAGGGUAGCUUAUUGGAGCAAUGUCUUUCAAAGACCAGUUUCCGGACUGGGAGGAUUUCCCUUGCGGUCUACGGGUUUUGGUUGUUGAAAAUGGGGAAGAAGCUGCAGCAAGCGUUGGUCGGCUCCUCGAAGAGUGUGACUUCCAUGCCACCACCGCCUCCAGUGGAGCUCAGGCUCUGUCUACACUGCAGGCGGGGCAAAAACAGUUCCAUGUUGCGCUGGUCGAGGCGACCAUGGCGCAAGAAGGGGCAGACGCGUUUGACCUGAAAAAGGCGUCUACUGAAUUGCCCGUCAUCUUGAUGUCCGGAGCUGAGAACAUGCUGCUCAUGACACAGUCUGUUACGAUGGGAGCAGUUGACUUUGUACAAAAGCCCCUGACUGUUGACAAGAUAAAAGAUAGAAACAUCUGGAUGCACGUAGUUAGAAAGGCCCAUCAAGAUGGUGUGAAGUUGGUCAAGCCGGGGCGGGAGGGGUCCAGCCCUCCCCUAAAGGCGGCUCCGCUCAUUAAAGUGAAGGAGGAGCCGCACGGGGCCGAGGAUGUUGCCACUAGCUCCGGGGACAACCACUCUGCCAGCCGGGCUCCCGCGUCAGGCGAGCCCCACGAGGGGGCCCUUGAAGGCACCAGCAGCUGCGACCGCUGUGCAGGCACCCCUGCCCCGACCAAGGUCAAAACUGAGCAUGAGGCGUCCCCCAUCUCUAGUUCCCCUCAGAACUCGGACAUCACUAAUGUUGCGGCAGUGAAGAGCGAGGCCGAGGAUUCGGAUACCCAGCGCUCGCCAGGGGGCAAUGGCGAGUUCAGUUUCCGGGAAGGGGGGGACGGCUUUGAUGGAUUUGGAAUCUACGACCAGAACGGGCUGAUCGAUGUCAAGCUGGAGUUGGACGGCGCGGACUGCCUGGGAGGGGCGGUCGUGGACGCGGACGGGCAUGUCGACGGCGACCUGUGUCUCGCUGACAGCUUCCUGCCACUAGACACGCUGGAGCUGAACCUGGACCCCAUGGGGGGGGGCGAGAUCCACAAUCGGGAGCUGGAGGAAGAGGACGCGCGCAUGCUGGCAGAGAUGGCGUGCAUCGCAGAGGACAGCCCCGACAGCUGCGCAGGGCCGGGGCCGUACUCGGAGCACUCGGGAGAUGGGAGCUUGAUGCGGCACGACAGCCUGAUCAGCUUUGACGGGUCGGGGCAGAGCGACGGCGAGACGGGGCACGAGAGCGACGGGACGGGGGGCAAGAGCGAGCGGUGCAGCAAGCGCAGCAAAAAGAUGGACUGGUCGCCGGAGAUGCACCGGCGGUUUGUGGACGCAGUGGAGAAGAUUGGGGUGGACAAGGCCAUCCCGUCCAAGAUCCUGGACCACAUGGGGGUCACCAACCUGACGCGCCACAACGUGGCCAGCCACCUCCAGAAGUACCGCACUCAUCGCAAGCACAUGCUGCAGUCCAAGGAGGGCGAGGCCACCAACUGGGCGCGGCGCCCCGCCGAGUCUGCCCAGUGGACGCGCGCGCGCCGUGACGGCACUGCCUGGCUCGGCGUCUCCUCCCACCAGCCCCCCAUCCAACCACGCCCCGCGCAGAUUGCGCUCCCCCCCCUCCACUCUGGGCCCCCUAUGGGUCCCCCCCUGCACGUGUGGGGCCACCCGACAAUGGACCACAAUGGGGGACACAUGUGGCAUGCGCCGCACAUGGGCAUGCCCUCCCCCCCCUGGAUGGGGGCGGACGGCAUGCCGUGGCAGCAUGGGGAGACGUGGGGCCACCCAACGGCGCCGCACCUGGCGGGAGGGUGGCCGCACGGGCCACCACUGAUGAUGAAGGGGGGUAUGCACCCAGCCCCAGGGAGCCCUUGGGUGCACCCCCCGCCGCUCAUGAUCAAGAUGGGGCCAGGGCAAGGGGGCGGCCCCGAGGACGGCCUGGCCCUGCCCAUGUACCCCCUGCACCCCAUGCAGCACUCCAACGUGGCAGCCGCCGCCACCGCGGCCGCCAUGCAGGGGCCGCCAGAGCUGAACCCGCCGAAGGAGAUUCUGGACGCGGCCAUCAGCGAGGCCCUGGCCAACCCGUACAGCUCUCUGCCCUUGGGGCUGAACCCCCCCUCCAUGGAGGGAGUGCUGGCCGAGCUCCAAAAGAACGGAGACGGCAUGGACAUCCAUUGGUAGGGACCACUCGACCGCCGGGCCGGUGGAGGGGAGGCCUUCCGCCGGCGCCGGCAAGAGUUGUCCCGCAUUUGGGCGGCAGCUGAAACCCCGCGUGGAACACUACAGCAGUGCACGUUGCUGAUGUUGGUGUUGAAGAUUUUGGGGGCGGUCUUUGGGGGGGGGAGCUGAACGCGCGCGUUGCCCUCUUAGCUGUGUUUGUGUUGCAUAGGAGACGUCGUAAAUGAAAACCUUAAAAAAAAGAGAACGGAUGAUAGAUAGAAAGGGAAGACUCUGGGGAACCAAGUGCCCCCUUAUUCCGUUGCCCACUCGGUCAAAGUGGAAGUGCUGUCCUUGGCAAGCCUGAAGGACUGGGCUCCGUUCGCGUAUGCACAACGUCGUGCCUCUAUGCCCUAAAAAGUACCAUAGCAGCGAGCCCAGUUCGAGGAAGUGCUUAGUGUAUACUACAAGCUUGGGAGGUAGGACUGCUAGCAGGAGCUGAACAGAGCCAGAGCUCUAGAUCUGCUCUUGAUUUUCGGGUCCCCCUCGUUCCUCAAGUUCAGUCGAAGAAUUCUUUAGCCUUAGACUUGGACAGCACUAGAAUGUGGCAGUUGCCCAAGGGUGCAGCCUCAUUGGUAGUUCCCAAAAAUUGGCUGUCCGGCUCAUGUGAGCUAGACCGUACCGUAGAGGGGUAGCUGUAGGACAAUUUUGCAGCGCGAUGCUCUUUAUUAGGAGCAUUAUUCAGCAAGGUGCAGGGUGGUUCCGAGCAGGCUGGAGAGUGGCUGCACACAGAGUCCACAAACUUCAAUUUUGGUUCCUUGAAGACUCUUUCCCUUGCAAGUUUACUUUGUACUGUUCACUUAUACCUCUUUAAAGAUUUACAGGGCCAUUUCA